CGCACUUCCACUCCAGCGUUUUAAAACGGGCGCCUCAACGGUCAAAAUUCAAAUCCUCCAAACUCUCUUCCUCUUUCUCGUCUUCCCCUUACUUCCUCCGCAUUCAGCCCGGAAAAUCGAAAUCUCACCUCUUCUUCGUCGUUCCUUUACCAGAUCCAGUCUCUUCCUCUCUCGCUCAGUUCUGGAGAAACAAACAGCGAAAAUGUCGACUCCGGCGAAGCCUUCGCAAUCAAAUCCCGGUUCGAUCUCGAAGGUGAGGGUAAUCGUAAGGGUCCGCCCAUUUCUCCUCCAUGAAGUCGCUUCCAGGAACGGAAACUCCACUCCCUGCGUCACCGUUCCCGAAUCGGAACUCCUCCAGACCGGCCAGGACCAAGAAGUCUCUGUUCAUCUCAAAGACCAUGAAACCAGCCGGAACGAGUGCUACAAGUUGGAUUCAUUCUUCGGGCAAGAAGACAACAAUUUAAGUAAGAUUUUCGACAGAGAAGUCAGUCCUUUGAUUCCAGGGAUAUUUCGUGGCUGCAAUGCUACUAUCUUUGCAUAUGGGGCUACUGGCAGUGGAAAAACCUACACCAUGCAGGGAACAGAUAAAAUUCCAGGUUUAAUACCACUGGCCAUGUCAAAAGUUUUGUCCCUGUGCCAGAACACAGGGAGCACUGCAGAGAUUUCUUACUAUGAAGUCUAUAUGGACAGAUGCUAUGAUAUAAUGGAAGUCAAAGGUCAGGAAAUUGCAGUUUUAGAAGACAAACAUGGGCAGGUUCACCUCAAGGGACUGUCUCGGGUUCCAGUGCAUUCAAUGUCUGAAUUCCAUGAGGUGUUUUCUUGUGGAAAUCGUAGAAGAAAGGUUGCGCACACAGCUCUUAAUGAUGUCUCUAGUAGGAGCCAUGCAGUGCUUGCAAUUACUGUUUCAUCUCCUCGCGGUGAUGGUUCUGGAUUUGUGACUGGGAAGCUGACCCUCAUUGAUUUAGCAGGUAAUGAAGACAACCGGAGGACCUGCAAUGAAGGCAUUCGAAUGCAAGAAAGUGCCAAAAUCAAUCAGUCCUUAUUUGCAUUGUCCAAUGUGAUAUAUGCACUAAAUAACAACAAGCUCCGAGUGCCUUAUCGAGAGAGCAAACUAACCCGGAUACUGCAAGACUCUCUUGGUGGAACUAGUCUUGCUUUGAUGGUUGCUUGUUUGAAUCCAGGGGAGUACCAGGAAUCUGUGCACACGGUCAGUUUGGCAGCUCGCUCGCGCCACAUCUCUAAUUUUGUCUCUUCUGCUCAGAAAAACAAGACACCCAAGCUUAAAGUUGACAUGGAGGCCAAGCUUCUUGCAUGGCUUGAAUCAAAAGGAAAGACAAAGAAGACACAAAGAAUGGCUGGGACUUUUGGUUCUCCAUGUUUUAGCACCACUCCCGGCUCUCUGUCCUCGGCAAAGAAGCCCAGCGCGUGCCUCAGCUGUGGAAAAAUGAAUUCUAACACCAACGAAGGUGCCUCUAAUAUGAAAGAAAGGGUUUUGGCUAGAAACUUAUUCACUAAUGGAGGACCAGUUGAUAAGAGCAUGAAGGCUGCAGAGGUUGCUACGGGGGACAAGGAGGAGGCUUCAUUGAAUAAUGUAGAAGUCCCUGUAGAAGUACCUGUUCUUGAGGCAGAACUGGAAUCGAGAAUGUGCACACCUGAGAAAACCAAAUCCCUUCAAAACCCACCAAGAACAGCUCUUUCUCCCAUCAACUCGAACAUAAGUUUGGAGAAGUCGCAGAAGUUGGGCACUCCUCUUGAUAAAUUUAACGCGCUCAGUUCUAAUUUAAAGAGCUCUCUGGUCCGAGAAUACAUCGAUUUUCUGAAUUCAGCAAGCAGGGCGGAGCUCAUGGAAUUGAAGGGAAUCGGAGAGAGAAUGGCGGAGUACAUACUGGAGCUAAGAGAAUCGAGUCCGCUGAAAUCGCUAAGUGAUCUGGAGAAGAUCGGGCUUUCCGCGAAGCAGGUGCACAAUAUGUUCGGUAGAACUGCCAGAGGACUCUUUCUGUGAUGCUCUGCAGUGCUCACAACACCCAAGUUUUUUUUUUUUAAAAAAAAGAGAGGUUA